ACAUAAGCCCAAUUAAGUAAUUUCCACGUCUUCACCACCACCACCUUUUUUCCAUUUUCAAUUUCUUCACUCAUUUUUUCUUCUUUCGUCCUCCUCCUCUGACGCUUUCACAGUAGUAGUGUCUGCACUCACACCCAAAACAGCCAUAGCAACCUAGAGAGAGAAACAAAACAAAACAAGAGAGAGAAACUUUAACCCUAACCUAACAACAUUUUCUUCAAUGGAAAGUGUAACGCAUUCUCGUCACCACCAACCAAACAAAGUCUCUCUCGCGCUUCCCAAGAAACUCACCUCCAACGGUUCUCUAUACGACGACGUUUACGGUGGUCCUCCGAAGUUCACCGGUUCCUCCAUCUCACCGCGGUUUGAAGACUACGGCGAGAUUUUCGCAAGCUUUCAUGCCGGACGCUCUUCUUCCAUUCCGGUGUUGGAUCUUCCGGCGGUUGACGCCGGUGAGAUUUUGUUUGACUUCCGGCGAAACGCUUUUGACUAUGCUGAGGUUUUUGGUGGCUCCGGUGGACUCGAUUUUUGGUCCUCGCAUGAAGACUUGUUUCGUGAAGGUGAUUCUGAUGAAGAAGAUGAUGAAGUUUGGAGUCCAGAAGAAACCGAUUCGUUCUCAGGAGACUUGGGCAAUUUUGGAUAUAAUCAAGGUGUUUUCCAGUCUGUUGAUGGAAAUACCGAGUUCAACAUUUCGUAUAAUAAGGUCAAUGGUACAAGCAAUGAAGAUACGUCAAAGGGGAAAGCUCACGCAACUCAGUUGCAUGCUGUUCCUGGUGUUACCCGUGUAGUUGAUGAAACCAUGGUCUUUUGUAGGUCUGAUCCAUCCUUGCAGGUUGUGGAUGAUAUUGACCUUGAUAUGGAAUUUAAUGCAGGCAGGGGAAAGAGAAAUCAUCACGAGAAGAUGACAUCGCGUUCAUGUAAUGUUACUUCUGGUGAACAGAUUCACUGUUGUGAUCUUGAUCUGGAUGAUGGAUGCAACAGAAAUGAUUCUCAGUCCAGUGAGAUGUUCAUAACUGUGUCUGACGUCAGCCUCAGAACUAUACCGUCUCAAGUGCCUCCCCCUUGUCGGCCACCACCUUUGUUAGAUCCAACCAAGGGAUACACUAGUGAAUCUCAUUCAAACAAUGAGCGGAUUGAUUCUGAAGACACUUUGGGUGAUGGUUCGCCACCUUUCUUUGAUGUGGAGGUUGAUAUUAAUUCAUCUGCUUAUGAUGUGAAAGAAGCCACAGACCGACAAGAAGCAAAAGCUAGGAGGGCAAAAGAUUUGAAGGGUAGAAAAAAGAGAGGUUCUGAAAGCAACAUAAAGUCAAGUUUUGACGUAAAAUCAAAUGAAGCAAAGAUGAGCGAGAAUAUAGCUAGAUUUAAUAGUUUGAAUGAUGAGAGAGUGCCAGCAACUUGUGAUCGGAGAUCUGGCAAAAUGAAAAAUUCUGCCACAGAUGAAAGACAGAAAGCUAGGAAGGCUGCUCCAGUAAUUCCAGAACCAUUAGAAAAGGGAAGACAUUUAAACAUGUUUGAGGAAAAGCACAUGAAGGAAUCCAGGUCAUCUCAAGAAUCAGAUCAAAGUAUUGGAGUUGGGACAUGGAAAGAAGCAACUGAUUUUUUUGAAUUGGUGGGAACAGAAGAAUCUCAGAAGGUAAUUCAUCCCAUAAACCAUACCAAGAGUUUGGUGCAAGAUGCCAGAACAUUUGAGCAUUGGAGGAAAGAAGGAGAAGCAUCUAAUGUCCAAGAAGAAUGCAAAAAGGUAAAAGCACAUCUAGAAAGUUAUCAGCCUGAUGAAUACAAGAAGAAGUCUAAAGCAGCAAGAGGGGAUUACGAACAGGGCAAAACCAUUAGGAGAUCUAAAUCAUCCAAUGUGGAAUGCAGGUCGAGAGAGCCUGCGAGGAAUGAUGAAUUUACUGAAGUUUUUGAGCUUGAAAAGAGUGAGAAGAUUAGAAUGACCCACCAACGUGGAAAAACUGAAAAGAAAGCAACUAAAGCCAAUCAAGUGGAAGGUGAGAUAUCAAAAGAGGUUGAUGGGCAAGAACAAAGUGAAGUUCUGUUCAGCUUGAAGCUUGAAGAAAAUGAGAAGAAACUAAAACAAAAUGGAGAGCAACAACUGGGUGUGAAAAAGCACAAGCAGUCUCAAAUAAUGAAAGAAAGUGAAAAUAUUCAAAGAGAGGCUUUUGCUCCUGAAGCAGCAGAGAGUAAGGAAAGAGCCCAGGAUUCUGAGGAGCUUGAGAAAGUUAAAGGAAGAUCAAAUGAAGCUAUUAAGCUGGAUAAGCCAGAAGAAAAUUUAACUUGCAAAAGAGAAAAUGAAAUCAUCUCCAAACAACAGAUACAAAACAGAAGUGGACUCAAAGAGGCAUGUGAAAGUGAAGAAAAUGAGAAAAGCCAUAAAGGUUCUUAUAGAAACAAAAAAAGUGGUGAAGGCCCAAAACACGCUCAUGGGCAAGUAGAGAAUGAAAAGAGGCUUAGAGAAGAAGACUUUGAACCAGGUUUGAACAAGCCAAAAACUAAAGAGGCAUUUGAUGGGGGGGAAAACGAGGCAUGUGUAAAAGAUCAAAGUAAAGGAAAAUUUAGAAUGGUUUCUGAUGAGUACGGAAAAGGAAAUAGACUUGAAGAGCUAGAAAGACGUAGUGGAAAUGAGGCUCAGAUGAAACAAGAAACUGAGAGUUUUUCAAACCAAACAUCUGAUGGGGAUGGAACUUUAGGUAUAUCAAAUGAGAAUGGUCAUUGCGGUCAAUCUGAGAAGACACCCAAAGUUGCUAUUAGUAGUGAAAAGGAUGAGGGGUUUGAUAUAACUUUGGAGCAAAUGGAAGUGAAUAGAGAAGGUACGAGCAUGAAGUUUGCUAAAGAAACCAACGGGACAUGGAAAGCACUGCAUGGGGAAAAUCUCAUGGCAGCUCAUUCAUCCACCAUUCAUGAAGAAAAUAUUCGAAAACCAGGGGUAUCUCUAGAACCUGUUGCUGAUCAUAAAAUUGGAGAAGCUAGAUCAGACUGCAAGACUGGUGGAAGGAAAUUGGAAGAAGUAGGGGUUGAAAAAUUAAGAGCUAGUGGGAAAGUAACAUUGUUUGAAAUGUCCCAAGGAAAAGAAGCGGGCUCUGGGACACCAUCAGGAAAUGUGGAUUGUAGCGUGAGAAACACUGAUGAACUUUGUUUUAGCAGUGAACAGGCAUGCUCUGAGAAAGCUAAGGCAGUCCCUCAAAUGGAAUUUGAUUCUAGAAGUCAAGAGAGGAAAAUUGGUCAUGAAUUGGGUGAGAGUAGAACGAUUCAACAUCAUGUGAAUGUUGCACUAAACCAGGAAGGAAGCAGGAACUUGAAGUCGUCAAGCCAAGUAAACACAUGUGAUGAUUACAUAAAGAACACAACAGUGGGCGAACCUACUGCAGUUCAAGAAGAAGUAAAUGUUCACAACACUUCCCAAAGGUCUUGUGCAGCACAUUCCACAAAAAGUAAAGAGAAGUGUGUUAGCAAAACUCCUGCCUCAGUAGAUAAGGAUGAUGAAAAGCAAAAAAUAGAAAGAGAGUUGGAAAAAGAACGUCUCAGAAAGAUAGAAGAGUUGGAGAGAGAAAGGGAAAGACAGAAAGAUAGAAUGGCUGUUGACAGAGCAAUGCUGGAGGCUGAGAGGGAAAGGGAAAGAGAAAAAGAUAGGGCGGCUGUUGAUAGAGCAACUUUUGAGGCUCGUGAUAGAGCAUAUGCUGAAGGUCGCGAACGAGCAGAAAGGGCUGCGUUUGAUAGAGCAACAGCUGAAGCUCGACAAAGAGCACUGGCUGAGGCCAGGGAAAGACUUGAAAAGGCUUGUGCUGAGGCUAGAGACAAAUCGUACACGGAUAAGGCAACUGCAGAAGCCAGAUUGAAGGCAGAACGAGCUGCUGUAGAAAGAGCAACUGCAGAGGCUCGAGAGCGUGCAAUGGAAAAAGUAAAGGUUGAGAGAGCUGCAUUUGGGUCCAGAGAAAGAUUAGAGAGAUCUGUAUCUGAUAAAUUUGGUAUUUCUUCCAGAAAUGAUGGAAGACAGGGCUCAUCCUCAGAUAUGCUGGAUUCACAGUUUCGUAACUUCAGCUCUGCCACCGGUUCCAGAUAUCCGUAUUCAGUUAAUGGUGCUUCCUCUUUUUCCGGAAGAUCAGAAGAAGGCGAAUCAGCUCAGAGAUGUAGAGCUAGACUGGAGAGGUGUCGUCGAACAGCUGACCGUGCAGCAAAAGCUUUGGAAGAAAAGAACAUGCGUGACCUUCAAGCUCAAAAGGAGCAAGCUGAGAGAACUAAAUUAGCGGAGACUCUGGAUACUGAAGUCAGGAGGUGGUCAAGUGGAAAAGAAGGAAACCUGCGUGCAUUACUUUCAACCUUGCAAUAUAUCCUUGGGCCUGACAGUGGGUGGCAGCCAAUCCCACUCACAGAUGUUAUUACUUCUGCUGCUGCAAAGAAAGCUUACAGGAAGGCCACUCUUUGCGUCCAUCCCGACAAAUUACAGCAACGUGGAGCAAGUAUUCAACACAAAUACAUAUGUGAAAAAGUUUUUGAUCUCUUAAAGGAUGCAUGGAGCAAAUUCAACUCCGAAGAAAGAUAAUGCACCCUGUUAUGUUUCUGAAUCGUCUCCCUUUUCAAGCUAGUAGUUAUCUUCCUUGUGGAUGCGGCAACCCACAGUUGAAUACGUCAGUAAUUAUUUUCAUAGUCCCACGUUCUCUAAUAAUAUUUCUUAAAUAUUUAAUGUAAGAAAAUAUUAAUCCCAUUCGAGGCUAGAAAUUCAAGUAAAUAGAUAGAUAGAGAAAGCAUAUAUGACCCGACUUGCAUUUCAAUCUGCGCGAAAUAUUGUAAUCUUUGUGGAUGUUACCGAAUAGUUUAGUUAGACAAAACUGUCGACCAUUCCUUUGACUAUCCUCGCUGAACUGAGACGUUAACUAACUGCUGAGUGAAUGGUGCUACAUACAUCUGCUAGUGUUUAUGUUUAAUAACUCAUAAUCAUAAA